AUGGCUUUCUCCUCUUCUUCGAUGUUUGUUGUACAACUAACUGGUUCUGCUUUCUCUCCUUCUAUCAAGGACAAGUUAGAGAACAACGAAGAAGGGGUGCCCACUGGACUUGGUAUAAGGUUUGUAUUACCAGAUUUAGAUGAUGGUGUCGUACCAUUGGGCUUAAAGCUUAGUGGAGGUUUGACAAUUUCAAGCUUUGGCCUCAUACAUUGCCUUCUCUCAUGGAGCUUAGAGGUCGGCCUCUUUUGUGUUGGGAUUUUUAUCACUGUUGCCUCUGGUACUGCUGCAGCGUUGUUCUCUGAUGGACCAGUCAAGCGCUGCACGAUCUCUCUGAAAGUGUUGGUGUCAGUUUGGACAAAUGUAGUGACGGGCUUGCAAGUAGCAACGUUCUGA